AUGGGAAAAAUCAAGAAACUGAAUCGUAUGUCUCACGUUACUGCUCCUUAUCCAUCACCAUCGUUUUGUUGCAAGAAACAAUGGUCUGGCUCAACUUGCCCAGUAUGUUUGGAGUCUCCACACAACGCUGUUCUUCUCCUCUGUUCCUCCUAUCACAAAGGAUGCCGUCCUUACAUGUGCGCAAUAAACAGCCGUUUCGCCAACUGCCUUGACCAAUACAUGAAGUCAUAUGAAAACUCAGAGCAAUAA